AUGCUCUGGCUCCUACUUGCGUCGAUCGCCCUCCUGCUCGAUUCACCAGCUACCGGCACUCUAAGCGAGUCUCGCGCCCAACUCGAGAGCAAAAGGGAUCUUCCAUCUCCACCACUGGUUUACCCCUUCGGAGGAACGUUCAAGCUUGUACUGGGCGUCUCGAUGCCGAUCAGCAUGCCCGGCCGGAUCUUUGUCUACUCCCAGGGCUUCCAGUUUCAGUUUCCGCUGCCCCAAAACGCGACUUUCUUCAGCGACUACUUUGCCCAAAAGAAGCCGCAGCGUCGACGCAGACGGAGCGACGAAACCUCGCUCUUGGCGGAGCGGUCCGUCUUUUAUCGGCUCCUCGAGGAAGAGGUGCGCAGACAAGGGGGUCCAGGCAGGGACUGCCUCAAGCGGAGCAUGUGCGAGUACGCCGAGUCGCCCUUCCAGGACGAAAGCCUCGUGGGCGAGAUCCUCCACGUGCUGCUCACUCCCGACUACGGGGCCAAUUCGGGCGUCGAUGGAGAGUACGCGGAGGCAGCGGGGGUGGGCAGGUCCGGCGGCGACUGCUCCGCAACCUACGCCUCUUGCCCAGCUGGAUUCGGCCUUCUGGAUCACAUAACUCGGGUCUUCGAGGGCACCGAUAACAACUGA